GCCGUGGACGGGAAAUGUAAUGCAGAAAGAAGCUGGUUACUCCGUUGCAGAGUGCAGGAGAUCAUCCCGAAUCCCCGGACCUCGGCUCGAAGCGAUUGAUGUGUCCGUUCCAGUCCGUUCCACGUUUCAUGUUUUCGACGCUCUCUACUCUCCUCUCUUCCUCUCCAUCGAAACAGUUUACAUAACAUCCGUGGAGGACGAGGUGUGUGGUGUGGUGGGACGGACAGAAGCAUUAGCAUCGCCGGCAAGGGAGCAACAGGAGCGUCAAGAUUCCACCGUCACACCGAUUCCGUCGAUCGACCUUGCGAUGGCACUGCAGGAACGCAAACGGCAAUCCCAUGGUGACGUCGCCAAUGGUAACGAUGCCACUGGCGUGAUUCCGCUUACCGGUGGUGUGCCUGCAUCAACUACCACCACCAUCACCAUGGCUACAGUGUCGUCGUCGUCGUCGCCGUCGUCACCGUCGUCUAGCAAAUGGUCAGCAUCUGGGUUGCAGCGGAAUUGGCCGAUCAUAUCGCAACCCUUGGCCCUGCUCACCAUAUUCGCGCUUUUGUGGGCGAUCGCUGCGGCCAUCCUGCCACCGGAACUGUCGCACCCCUCCGGUGGUCUGCUGCGGCUCCUGUUCCUGUUCGUCGGUGCACAAACCUGUGGCGUCCUCGUCGCACUGACCGGCCUACCGGACAUGCUCGGGAUGCUGUUCUGGGGCGUCCUGUACGCGAACGUCGGUUGGGCGGACUUUAGCGGUUACGGGCGGGUGGAGGUGUUUCUGCGCGAGAUGGCACUCGUCAACAUAAUGCUGCUGGCGGGGCUCGGUCUCGACUACCGGGCCCUUCGGUCGCUCUUUCGCUUCAUCAUGCAACUGACGGUCGUUCCCACGGUGGCCGAGGUGAUGACCGUGACCAUCCUUGCGCGCUACCUGCUCGCCCUACCCUGGCUCUGGGGUGUUCUGUUGGGGUUGGUCGUAACGGCCAUCUCACCGAACGUGGUCGUGACGGUGCUGUUGCGAUUAAAGGAGGAGCGGCUCGGUCUCAACAAGGGCAUUCACACAUUAAUCAUCGCGGUGACAAGCUGUAAUGAUGUGCUCGCGAUCUUCCUGUUCGGUGUCAUCCUCGGUUUGAUAUUCACUACCGGUAACCUCACCAGCCAGAUCCUCCAGGGACCGAUCGGCAUCAUAAUUGGGCUCGUCUACGGAACCGCGUGUGGUCUUGCGGUCCUACAUCUACCAUCGCACCAGGCGAAAUACUCGAACGGGUUGCGGUUCACGAUGACGACGCUGGCGGGCGCACUGUCGGUGGUUGGUAGUAAAGCGGUCGGGUAUCCGACGGCCGGCGCUCUCGGUUGCAUCGUGACGGCGUUCGUCGCCGGUACCGGGUGGCGCAAGCGACCACCAGCGAUGGCGGCGACGGCGGCGACGGAGCGUGACAAUGAGGUGAGCGUGUAUCUGGAUCUGCUGUGGAAGUUCCUGAAACCGGUGUCCUUCUCGCUGAUCGGCAAGGAGGUUAACUUUGGUGUGCUGACCGGUGAAACCGUGCUGUACGGGCUCAUCACCCUUGCGGUGGCCGUACUGCUUCGAUUGACGUUCGCGUACCUUUCGACGCUCGGUAGCGAGCUGAACUGGCGGGAACGCGGGUACGUGACGCUGUCCGGGUUCCCGAAGGCGACGGUACAGGCAGCCCUCGGACCGGCGGCCCUCGAUCUGGCCCGUACACUCAACGCCACGGACCAGUACGACCGGGCCCAGACCGUACUCAUCGUGACGGUGCUGGCGAUCAUACUGACGGCCCCGCUGGGUGCACUGUUGAUGAUCAAAUUAGCACCCCGAUGGUUGAAGCAAGGUGACGACGACCAUGACGACGACGACCAUCGAUACCGGUAGCACCUAUAGGGGACCGAUAGUACUACUUACGCUUGUACUUAACGAUGCGUCCCCGUUUGGAGAAGAGCUCCACAGCAGGAGCAGGAGCUGGCCAUUCAUUCAGAGACCAUUUAGUGAUGUUACGAUGUUGUGGAUUGUCAGGCGCUGAAGGCGCGACCUUCCCUAUGGAGCUAAUGAAUAAACAUU